GGGCGGAGGAGGGCGGUGGAGCUAUGGUCGGGGCGGGCGGGUGCUGCCUGCUCCUUGCCUCCGCCCUCGGGGAGGGGGAGGCCGGUGCCGGGGCGAGCAGCGGGUGAUGGGGAAGAGGCGAGCGCAGCGCUGAGGUCCUGCGGGGCCGGAUGAGCCGAGGCUUGGCGCCGCAGCGGUGGCGGGGCUGGAGGAGGGGGAGAAGGAGGCAGUAGGGGCGGCCUCCACUCCGGUUGCCCUGAGGGGAAGGAGCCCCCGACCAUGGAAAUCGAGAACAUCGUGGCCAACACCGUGCUGCUGAAAGCCCGGGAGGGCAAACGGAGUGGGCGUAGUAAAAAAUGGAGAGAGAUGCUGAAGUUGCCACCUAUUAGUCAUUGUGAAGGUAUUAGAUGCUCAAUCGAAAGAGACUAUAACCAGCUUUGUGACAAACAGCCGAUAGGAAGACUUCUCUUCAGACAGUUCUGUGAUACCAGACCGGAUUUGAAAAGAUGCAUAGAAUUUCUGGAUGCAGUGGCAGAAUAUGAGGUAUCUUCAGAUGAAAAGCGUGUAGACUGUGGCCUGAAAGUUUUAGAGACUUACUUCACUAAUGGGUCUGCAGCACACUUGCCAGAAAUACCUCAGGAAACAGUAAAUGAAUGUAAAGCAAGACUGGAAAAGAACCCUUCUAAGGAUCUUUUUAUGGACUGUACUAGAAUUGUCCAUGAAUACCUAAGCAGAAGACCUUUUGAAGCUUACCAAGAAAGUGUGUAUUUUUCACGUUUUUUACAGUGGAAAUGGCUGGAAAAGCAACCAGUAACCAAACACACAUUUAGGCAUUACCGAGUACUAGGCAAAGGUGGAUUUGGAGAGGUGUGUGCCUGUCAAGUACGGGCAACAGGAAAAAUGUACGCUUGUAAAAAGCUAGAAAAAAAGAGAAUUAAGAAGAGGAAAGGAGAGUCAAUGGCUCUAAAUGAAAAACGAAUUCUAGAAAAAGUGAACAGUAGAUUUGUAGUUAGUUUAUCCUAUACGUAUGAGACGAAAGAUGCCCUGUGUUUAGUAUUAACCAUAAUGAAUGGAGGGGAUUUGAAGUUUCACAUAUAUAACAUGGGAAAUCCUGGCUUUGAUGAAGAAAGGGCUAUUUUCUAUGCUGCAGAACUGUGCUGUGGUCUGGAAGAUUUGCAGAGGGAAAGAAUUGUUUACAGAGACUUGAAACCUGAGAAUAUACUUCUUGAUGACUGUGGACAUAUCAGAAUUUCAGAUCUUGGAUUAGCUGUGCAGAUUCCAGAAGGAGAAACAGUCCGAGGACGGGUUGGAACUGUUGGUUAUAUGGCUCCAGAAGUGCUCAAAAAUGAAAAGUAUACAUUCAGCCCGGAUUGGUGGGGCCUUGGGUGCUUGAUUUAUGAAAUGAUUGAAGGACAGUCUCCAUUCAGGAAGCAUAAGGAAAGGGUCAAACGGGAUGAGAUUGAUCGAAGAGUAAAGGAAGACCAGGAAACCUAUUCAGACAAGUUCUCAGAGGAUGCAAAAUCCAUCUGCAGGAUGUUACUUGCUAAAAAUCCAGGGGAGCGACUAGGUUGCACUGAAGAGGGAGCUGCUGUUGUAAAGCAACAUCCUAUUUUCAAGAACAUUAACUUCAAGAGACUGGAAGCUAACAUGUUAGAACCUCCAUUCUUGCCAGAUCCACGUGCCGUGUAUUGCAAAGAUGUCCUGGAUAUAGAGCAGUUCUCAACGGUAAAAGGAGUGAACCUGGAUACUACAGAUGAUGACUUCUAUUCCAAAUUCGUUACGGGUUGUGUCUCAAUCCCUUGGCAAAAUGAGAUGAUUGAAACGGGAUGCUUUGAAGAUAUCAAUGCAUAUGAAACCGAUGGUACUGUGUCACCAGACAGAGAGAGGUCUCCUAAACCAAAGAGGGGCUUCUUUCACAGACUUUUUAGUGGAGAGGUCUGCUUUAAAUCUGAUUGCAGUGAUGAUGAGCCGGAGUCCUCCAGACUUUAAAUCAUUUUACUCUCAUCAGAAAGGAUGAGAAAACUUUAAAUGUUUUAUAUCUCUGUAGCAAAGUGUAUUAUAUAUAUUUUUUAUCUGAGUUCAAGGAUUUUUGUACAUUUGUACUUCAUUUGUUUUAAGAUGUAUAUUUUCACUAAAGCUUAAUUGUACAAAAAGCAAUGAGUGCCAUUUGAGUGAGUGUGUUUCUGUAUGUAUUUGAUUUAUCUUGAUCUUUUUUUUCCACAGUGAAAUGAAUCUAGACAUACUAAAAGGAUUUUAAAGCACAGAGAUAAUAUCUAUGGCAUCAAUGUAACUUGGCUUUGUCUGCUCCUGGUAAAACUUUUCCUGUUCAUUAGAAUCUUUAUUAGCCAGUUUCCUUUACAGUAAAAUUGCUAUACUGAUAAAUUUCAUAAUUCUGGUAUUAUCCAGCAGCGUGGCAGUGCUAUUACCUAAUGUAUCUCUCAAGCAUCUGCGAAGGAGAGAAGGGAACUCAGUGCACUGUGGCCAGCUAUUAUGAAUUGCUCUUUACUGUCUGGCUCUGUAGAAUGUCUUUCUGUAUUCCUAUAUAUAGAGAAUUCUGAACAUUUAGCUUAAUCCUGUAACAAACUGUAUUACGUAUUCUUCUCCUUUCUACCCAUCUAACACAUGCUCUUGAGACGGUUUCUUGGCGCGAUCAUGCAAGCGGAGCUAUGCCAAAAAUUCAUAACUAUAUUUUGAGUACUUGGUUGUCUUUACUAAAAGGAUUUCUUUUUACCUGUGGGGACACCAUUUUAUUUUCUUAUGUAAAUGAAAUUGUUUACAACUCCAUGUAGGGUGUUAUAGUUUUAUAAUGGGUUAAAAAACAAAGCAUGGGCUCCUCUUACUAACCUCCUGUCUGCUUAUCAUGUUGUAGUACGCAGUGCUGUAGGGUUUACAGCGAUCACUGCCACUGAGAGAAGGACAAGGUAGUAUUAAGUAUCAAAUUUAAUUAUGUAAAUAAUCUUUCCUUAUAACCUUGAAAAGCUUAAAUAUUAAAACCUGCCUUUAAUGAUUGCUUGAUGCAGCUGUGGAGCUGCUAUUGAAGUUUUAGUUAUGAUUACCUGAUGUUCAUUAGUAAACCUGUUUCCAGCUGCUUGAAAGCUUGUCAAACUUCGGUUCUUCUGGACUCAAAGUAUGCCAGACUUUAUUUUGUAAAGUUUCCAAUAAAACUAACCAUCUGUGUAUGAGAAUGAA